GGUGAUUGUGCGAGGUAACCCUUGGGUGGCGUUCACCGGUCCAGGCCGAUGCCCAAACAGAGGCGUAGCUGAUGGCCCUACGACCAGUAAAUAAGACGUACUCUCUUUAAAGGAUAAGAUCUGAAAUGACUCUGUUGCCGCAAAGUACAAUCUUUGAAGUCAGUGAACCGUGACCAGCCGAUCCUUAACAGGCAGAGGGUUUCAACAGGUCAAGGACUGGGUCAUAUAUUAUCUUGACUGAAUUAGACAAUCCAUGAACUAAUCUUGAAUGACUGAAGUGACCCAGGCGUUUUGGUCGUUGCGAUACUGAAGUGGUUGACGCAGUAGAUAUGAAGUGAUUGACACCCACUGUUAUUCGGAUGGAGUGAGUUUGAGGAGCGUUUGACAAAGAAAGAAAUUACAGACUUUACUUUGCCCGGAAGGAAGCUACGAAGUGUGUGCCACUCUGACCUUGUACCCCUGCUAUUAAAGAGAUGAAAGAGCGAAAUCCAAUGACGUCAUCGACACGGCUGUGGUUUCUCUGGCUGAUAGUCGUCGGACUCAGUUAUCGAGGCAACGCCUGCGACUGGGGGCCCGAGGAGGACCUUCGCCGCUUCGUCCGGGUGCGGGAGGACGCCCCGAUCGGCCACGAGAUCCUGACCGUCAACGUCACAGAUCCGGGUCUUCUGGCGAUCGAGUCUUCCACGCAGGGUUCAGAGGGAAUCUUCCGCGUCGAGGCAGUUCCCAGGGGAGGCCCAGGACACGGCUCUGUGGUACAAGACGGAGAUGGAGUCUUGGAGGAAGCCUUGGGUGUUGGCCGAGUCGUUGUAGCGGCUCCUCUAAAGCCACUGUUGCAGGAAGGUUCAACUGUAAACAAAGUGACUCUCGUAUGUGGCACCAACCAGGUGUCCCUGCAGUUAACCAUUUACGUCGAAGAUGUCAAUGAUCAUGCGCCGGUCUUCCUUCUGAAAAAUAUGACAGUUACUGUUGAUGAAUUAACGCCAGUUGGCUUAACCAUCCUUCCUGAAAUUCGAGUGAAAGAUGAAGACAAGCCCAACACAGCCAAUUCUGAAGUGGAACUCCAGCUAGCGUCACAGGGGAACGCGGAAUUUCAAUAUUUCGCGAUGUCGGACAGGAAACGUGGAACCAUCACGUUAGCCAAGACGCUGGACUAUGACGCUGGUCCCAAAGAAUUCCAUCUGCAGAUCGUAGCAAAGGACAUGGGAAUCCCGUCUCUCAGCUCGACGGCGACAGUGACUGUGGUGGUAUUGGAUGCUGACGAUUUGCCACCGGCUUUCGCUCAUCCUCAUUACACGGCGAAGAUUUCGGAAGAUCCAGGACCUGAUGCUGGCGUCAUCAUCCGUCGUGAGUUGGAGGUGAAACCUGAGAGAAUAAGCGCUUGGGAUGGAGAUGUGGGCCAGAACGCCUCCUUGAGAUACUCCUUGGUCGACUCCCAAGCUGCGCAUUAUUUCACGCUGGAUCCUGAUUCUGGUCGACUCUACCUCACCAAGCACUUAGACAGGGAGAACCUGACGGAUCCCACCUUGACACUGCAUAUCAGGGCUGAGCAAGUUGACAACCCUCGCAGAGUUGGUUCAUCAGUAGUUGAAAUUGAAGUUGAGGAUGUCAAUGACAAUCUACCUAGUUUCACACACGAUGUCUAUUCGAUCUCCAUCGUUGAAAAUUUGCCAUCUGGCUUUAGUGUGGUUCAGGUUUCAGCCACAGACCCAGACGAGGGGCUUAACGGAGCUUUUAACUAUCAUGUUGUUGGUGGAAAUGGAGCUUUGACAGUCAACCCUCUGUCAGGAUGGCUGACAGUAGCCAAUCAUAAUAUUCUGGACAGAGAAGAAUCGCCUGUUAUAAACCUUCAUGUGUGUGCUAAUCAAAUCACACCUUUAGUUAAGUUUCCAGGUGGACCUAUUUCAAAAAGAGUACUCUUGGAAAAUCCUGAAGAUCAAGAACUGGAGAGGUUUUCCGAACCUAAAGACUUGGUGCAAACCACAACUGAAAGUUCACUGAGUUUUGAAACUGAGCCUGCGACAGAAUUCGGCAGUUUUGGAGAGGUAACAACAACGAGGCCCUACAGAAACCGACGAUUGAAGUCAGUGAGACCGCUUAGAAAUACUGCCGACUUGGCAAGAAGAGGGACUGUAGAAGUGGGCAAUAUAGAUCUAGAGACGACUGAAGGAAUAGAAAGGUCAAGAACUAUUGCAGCUGGUCCAUUGCUGAGAAAUGUUGUUCAGCCCACCAUACCACCAGCAGAUUCAAGCGCAACUCUCGUUACCCCUUCAGAUUCAGGUGAACCAUAUGAUUUUGGGCGAAGACUCAGUAGCUUGAGGGAAGUCGACACCGCAGGGAACAGGGAUUCCAGAGGAGCCACUGAUGAGAAUGUCCCCUUUGUGGUGACUCCAGGCGUUAAGGGCAGUCAUAAUAUCAGAAGAAGGUUCAAUAGAAGGGCUCCAGUAAGGAGCGUCAACCCCCACUUCAGACGUCGCAAAAGAAACUCCAAUCCUUCUCGUCUUGUCUUGAUAAGAAGGAGGAAAUCAAAGAAUAUUGACGAGAUGACAGGUGAUGUAAGUGACGUAACUCCAAUUGCCAAUCUACCACCAGAAGUCAAAUCAUCUUCCUGCGCCAAAGUCGAGUUGAGACUCCUUGACGCCAAUGACAAUAAUCCUGUCUUCCUGCCAUCCAACCAGUAUAAGGUGACGCUUCAAGAGACUAUGAAAGUGGGAGAAGUUGUUGGAAAGGUAACAGCAGAGGAUCUUGAUGAAGGUGGCAAUGGUCAGAUAAUUUAUAAGAUACAAAGUCGGGCGCACAGUGGUCAUGAUACCUCUGGCGGUUCUAUACAAGUUGACAGAGUCACUGGCAAUCUGACAUUGGCAGCUGCAUAUCCUCCCGGUCAAUACACAGUGUUCAUUGAAGCUUCAGAUUCUCCUUCUAAUCCCUCUGAAACAAGGACGUCUCUUGCUGUUGUUAACAUCGAAGUUGAAUCGGGUCCGGAUCCUUCUCAGCCACGAUUUAUUGGGGCGCCCUUCGAGUUGUGGGUCGGAGGAGAUGCUCCUGUUGGUACAAGUAUUGGGCAAGUCCGAGUUGCAGACAUGGACGGCCCAGAAUUGAUCUUCGACAUGUUCCAUGCCUAUGAAGAAGGAGUACCCUUCGCCAUAGAAGAGACAUCAGGAAUCGUGUCUGUCUUGAAGCCACUUCAGGAGUUCUCUCGCCAGAUCUAUCGGUUUGAGGCGGUGGUCACUGACGGCCGUAACUCCCUGGCGACCAACCUAACCGUUCACGUGGCUCCCUCGGUGGCAAAACCCGUAACUAACCGGAGGGAUAACAUGAUCAAUUUUACUAUACAGGAAAACUUAUCGGGUGGUCUUGUCGGAGACUUGAUGCUGGCGCUGAGAAACAUGGGCGUAAGAUUAGCACCAGAUCCCCAGUUUGAGUUGGUUAGCCCAGAAGCUCGGAAGCACUUUGCUCUUGCGCAGGAUGCCACUCUAUACACCGUGGCACCACUGGAUUACGAAGCCCAUCCGAAUCACACUUUGGUUGUCGUCAGUGCCAGGACCUCAGAUAUAUUUUACGUCAAUGUUCAGGUUGAGGACGUGAAUGAUAACCCCCCGCAGCUCAAUGCAGUCAGCUACGAGGGCCUCAUCAGGGAAAAUGCUUUACCUGGGACAAUCGUGAGACUCCUUCCCACUAUACAGGUGAGUGAUGCUGAUAAAUACCCAGGUGCCACUUUCUCCCUUGAGCUCUCAGGUGAAGCAGCCAGCCUUUUCUCCAUUGACUCAUCUGAUGGCACCGUCAAGUUUGUAGGGGAAUCUUUAGACAGGGAAGCCAUCGAUUCGUAUUAUCUUCAUCUCGAAGCGAGAGAUGAUGGCAACUUGACUUCCAAGGCCAAUCUUAGUAUCAUCGUGGAAGAUGUCAAUGACAACAGGCCGAAGUUCGUGGAAAGAGACGCUCUCUUUUCAUCAAGACAAGGUGAAGAGAACAACCCCAGGAAGCUUUCAGAUGCAUCGAACUUGAAGUUUAUGGCCGAAUUAGAGCGCUCUCUCGUGCGUGUUCCGGAGUCUCUGCCCGUAGGUUCUCAAGUUACGAAAGUAGCAGCAACAGAUGAAGAUGAUCGAGUAUUCGGUGAUAUUCACUAUGGCAUAGAAGCACAGAAGUCAUUCGAGUUUUCAGAUGGGAAGGGCAACACUCCACCCAUCCUUCAGAGCACCAACAAAUUUUCUAUUGAAGGCAAAACUGGAAUUGUGGUUGUCACGGGAGUCCUGGAACCCGAUCACUUUUAUAUCCUGAACAUCUCUGCCACUGAUGGUGGUGGCCUUUCAUCGUACACAACGGUUGCCAUUGCAGUAUUCGAUGUUAAUGAUAACGCUCCUCGCUUUGAGCGACCAGUCUACAGCUUCCAGGUAGCUGAAGGAGAAUACCUCGUUGGAGAAGUUGGUAAAGUUACAGCUGUCGACCAAGAUCUGGGCGAUAAUGGUAAGGUACGAUACCACAUUACCUUCUUAAACAAUUCCAAUGAAGAUCAGCUAUUUCCGUUCAGAGUAGUCGAGACCUCGGGAACCAUUUUGGCCACAGGCGCAGUUGACAGAGAGAAGAGGGACAGUUAUGAGUUUUCUGUUGUAGCGACAGAUAUGGGCGAACCCCAGCUGUCCUCUUCUGUCCUCGUUCACAUAGAUGUCACGGAUGUAAACGACCAUGCUCCAGUCUUUUAUGGCUAUCAGGAGAUUCUUAGCCUCCCAGAUGAUACAGCUAGUUCUUCUUCAAGUCAAAAUAACAACUACAUUCCUGUGUAUAUAGCCAAUGUGUCUGAGAGUGCACCAAGCAACACUUUUCUUGCUCAGAUCUUUGCUAAUGACACUGAUUCAAGUGGGUUAGGCAAUGGCAUUAUUUUAUAUGGACUAGAGGGCUCAGUUGACAAGUUUGCUAUUGAUUCCAAGAAUGGAAGUAUCUACACUGUUGGAGCAUUGGACUACGAACGUUGGCCGGUGCAUAAUGUGACAGUGGUAGCACAGGAUCUGGGUAAUCCUCCUCUCACUUCGACUGCUUUGCUGAGCAUCACGGUGGUUGAUGUCGAGGAGGAGCUAACCACCAGGCUCUUCGAGAGGGAGGAAUAUCGAGUUGUUGUUGAGGAGAAUAACAACACACCUCUAAGGCUGCUGGAUUUGAAUGUGAGUGAUGCAUACACCAACCAUAAGCUCCAGUAUCGUCUGCUCAAUCCUGAGUUGGCUGGAAUCGUGGCAGUUGAUGCCAUGACUGGCCAAGUGUACUUGACUGCUAGCCUUGACAGGGAAGCCAGAGAUAGCUACCGGUUUAAAGUCAAAGCGGUCCAGCCAGAUAGAGGACGAUCCUUAGAUUCCCAGCUGAAUGAGGAAGACCAAUACUUAGAAAACCCGAUUCCCACUGAUGAUGCGUACCCUCAUGGAAAGCCUAGAUCACUCGUAGACACUGCAAAUUCCAGUUUAGGCUUAGACAGUUCCACAGCAUACUCGAGGAAUGCCACCGAGAGCAACCAGAACUCUGAAAAUUUGAUGAGAGUGCCAGCUGAGAUUGUACCCUUACUCUCCUCUGCUUCCGGUCGCAAGGGAAGGACUCGUCCUUUCCCUCAGGAGCAAGGCCACCGGAAACAAGAAACUAGCACAGAAGGUGAGCGAGCGUUCCUGUCCAUGGAUGAAGUUUGGAUUAAGAUCAUCGUUAAGGAUCAGAAUGACAAUACGCCUAAAUUUCUGCCCCACGGUCGCCCCAUUGUCGCUGCUGUGCCUUCGACAGCUUCAUACGGCCAUUUCGUCACACGUAUCAUGGCUCACGACCCAGAUCUUGGUGUUAAUGGAGAAAUCCGUUACGAGAUCCUACCUGGCGAAGGUUCUGAAGAUGCUACAUCUAGAUUUGCGGUGGAUCCAACUACAGGACAGAUGGUGGUUGUCGGGACUUUAACUGAGGAGGCUGGGCGUAUGUUUGGUUUCGACGUGAAAGCUACUGAUCAGAGAGGCGCCCCCACUGGGAGGACAGCUAUCGCCAAUGUGUUUGUUCAUGUUCUGGGCCAAGGACGUCAUCUUGUGGUAGAAGUAGGAGCAACUCCCAGAGACGUAGAGCCACAUCUGAAUAAUAUCCAAGGGAUGCUGACGAACGUGUCCGGUUUUGACGUUCGUGUUCAGAGAAUCGCGCCUCACGUGGAUGGAGAUGCUGCGCAUACAACGGCAACCGACGUUUACGUCUACGCCGUCGACCCAGUCUCCCAGGCAGUAGUUGAAGCAGCGGAACUUCGGCAGGCUUUGAAAACGAAGAAAAACAUGCUGAGGAAGCUCUUGCCCUCGGGUCUCCACUACAAAGGGAUGAGGUUCCCGGUUCCUCCGAGGGAGGGACAUGUUUUGCAGACUGCCGAAUUGGCCAUUCUCAUAGGCGCCGUCGUUGUGUUUCUCGUAACGGUCACCACUGUGGUUUGCCUUUGCUACAAGCAGAGAAAAAGCCGCAGGAAGCCGAUGCCCCUCCCUCCGAUCAUGGCAGCGGCGGGAUUGCCCGUGAUGCCCUUAGCGUACCCAGGGCCCUUUGCGACCGCAGCCCCCUACACCCACAUGAGUGACCACAGCAGCGCAGAUUCCUCAGAGGCCCCUGACGGUCAGCAUGACCCAGCCGCCUUCUACCACCCUGAGGUCACCCACUACCCUCAUGCGCCGACCCACUACCGCCGUCAGCCGCCCAGGAGGCGUUCCUGCAACCACAAUUACCAGGGAGACCACGAGGUACGACUGCUCCAUUCUGGCAACAGCGAAAGAGUAUCGUCGCAUACGGACGAAGACGACCCAAUGGCCGCCUGUUUCCGCCACGCCCCUUCUAAAAAACGGCGACGGGGAGGUCCUCCGGGUGUGCCUGGAGGCGCUGCGGCUAUGGGUGGUGGCGUCAGCGGGUCACGUUCCUUCGGGCACCUCGAUCGCACCUCCAGAGUCCAGCAACGCCUGCGAGAUGACCAUUCCAGCUCCGACCUUGACGAGAGAGACCACGCCCCUCCGCAGGUCAACAUUCCUAGGCCGCAGAAAUGCUGUCCCGAAGAAAGGCAGAGGGUGAACCCGAAUCUCCCGCGGGCCUUAACGACCAUCGACUGUAGUCUGGAAAACUCGACGAGACCUCACUCUCCGGACAGCCUCGAGAGACCGCGGUCUCGCCAUCAGCAUAGCAACCACCAACAUCACCAACACCACCAUCACCAACACCAGCGAAGUCGAAGCCACACACUACAGAGGGCGCCCACCCAAAGGGAGAGGUCUGUGGGCGGGGUGGAGGAUGUCAGGCGACCGGCGGGAAAGCCUUUGCUUCAUCCGAGUGACAUAACUGAAUUAUGAUUUCUAUUGCCAAAGGAUACCGCCGCCCUUUUCUUCUUUUUCUAGAAAUGGGGGACUUUGUGGGAACUGGACUGCGUCAAAAACACUUUUUACAUUUCUAUUGUUAGGAUAUGGCUAGAAUUUAGGAGGCAAAGUGGUUAAGCUUAAUUGAUUAUUUUGACUACAUAUUUUUAUACAACUCGGGCAGCCACUAUGGACUUGUUUUUAGGUGUUAUGAGGUGACAUUUAAUGUGUGCACAAAUAGCUGAGUGUGAUAAUGUGUUUGAGCGGUUUAUGAAUGUUUUCUCCAGGAAAAAAAAAAACUCGAAGGAUGGCCUGACACUUUCGGGAAGCAAAGUGAAUAAAAUCAUCCACUGUUCAUUUCAUGCAGUGCUAUGAAUAGUGUGUGACUCACCUGGUUAAUAUUCAAAAUAUAUCGUAUGAAAUUUCGCCCUGUUAGUAAAAAAUGGUUAAUUACAAUACUACUCACCUUUUCAGUAAAUCGUCUUGUGUAAACAUUAAAUCAUUAUCUUGAUUUUAUCUUGUAAUAUCAAGAUAAAACAAGAAAAUGGUGAACUAGGAAUGUAAUAAUGUAUUCUGUAUAAAACCAGUGAUAUGUCCAUAGAUAGAGAAGAAAGAAGGAUGUCUUGGUAUUUGUAUAUUAAACUCAAGAUCGAAUGAAAAGAUGUGGAAUGUUGCCUUGAUUUUUCACGGUUAUUUAAAGAUAGAACCAAACUCGGAUUUAUGACAUUGUAAGGAUAAUUGGUGACAAUAUUUAACAUAUUACUGCAUGCAGGUCAUCAGAUAUUCGCUAAUAUUAAAUAAAGUUCACCACUAACUACGACAAGGAUAUUGUAGAGCUGAAUUUACUCAUAUGUGCUCUUUCGAUAACUGAAAAAUAGGCUAAUUUUUUUCUGAAUUACAGAAUG